AUGACAACUGAUGCAGCUUCAUACAUAAAAUUAACAAUCGCAUUUUUGGAGAUUUUCGUUGGAAUCUCGUGGAUUCUUCUCUUCAUUCAUAUUCUCUCCUUUCAAAAACCACGAGCCAAUUCACCAUUCUACACAAUGUUCUUAGCAAAUAGUGUAAUCAACAUUGUCUACUUGUGGUGUCACUCAAUGCAUUUCUCUCUUCAAUCAGCACACGCAUCGGAGUGGGCAAUUUGGUGGUUGUGGAUGAUGUGGGAGAGCUCGGUGAUCGCUCUUCAUAUGGGCGUCGUUCUCACCGCAUUCAACCGUUUCUGUGCCAUCGUUCAAUAUACACAAUAUAAAUCGGUUCUUUCCCGUCGUGGAACUCUCACUUAUAUCCUUGUGCAGUUAGGCACGGCGGGAGUGGUUCGUUUCGUUCUUCCACCCGGUAAUCAUCCAGAAAAGCUACAGGGUGGGAUAAUCGAUCGGGAUGUUGUGUUGGGUUGCAGUAUUCAUUUUGCUUGCUCAAGUGCUGCCGUUCUUUUAUCGGGUCCUCUUUACGUGAAAAGUCUUCAAGCCUUGUUCUCCAAGCAACGAAAGGGUUGGAAAAGUAGUGCCGUUCGGUUAGCCGAGAUCAAACGAAUUCGUUUCUGUCUGGCUUCGCUGAUCUUUCCUCUUUUUUACUCGAUUCUACAAUUGUUCACCAUUGGAGUUGUCGUGAAAAAUCAUCAACGAUCAAGGAAACAAUUGGAGAUAUUGGGUUCCUUCUUGAUGCUUCUCUUCGUCUCAUCUCAACCAAUUUCUGUCGUUUUUUUCCUCAAUUCUCCCAAAAACAUCACGAAGUUGUUGGCAAAAAAACCGAGAAACGAAAUCGCGAUAUAUAGAUGGAAUCUCAAAAGCUCUUCCGCAAAAAGAACCGAUCGAAGUGAACAAUUCAAAUCCGAGUACAAA